GUGGAAGUUCGGCAGAGGUGAACAGGAAUUUAGUGCGCCUGCUAAUCAGUUGAGUUUACCAGGCUGCAUACACACUCCAGCCGCCAAGACACCCUUGCACACAGACAGCAUGAGAGAAAUAGUUCACAUACAAGCCGGACAAUGUGGGAAUCAGAUUGGCACCAAGUUUUGGGAAGUUAUCAGCGAUGAACACGGCAUCGCUCCGGCAGGAAACUAUGUGGGUGACUCAUCGCUUCAACUCGACAGGAUUAAUGUGUACUACAACGAAGCGUCCCGUGUUUGGUUGUCUUUUUCCCAGCACACAAGUAUGUUCCCAGAGCAAUCCUUGUGGACCUGGAACCUGGGACCAUGGACAGUGUCCGGUCGGGAUCCUUUGGACAGCUAUUCAGACCUGACAACUUUAUCUUCGAUACCACAAUAUCAAGAUCACAGAAUACGGAUUCUCAGUGUUUCGAACAAACCUACACCUUGCCAUCUACUGGACAGGUUAUGGUGCUACUUCUACACUGUCAUAGGGAAACAGAGAGGAGUAAACUACACAAAUAAAGGGCAGACGGGUGCGGGGAACAACUGGGCCAAGGGCCACUACACUGAGGGAGCAGAACUGGUAGACUCUGUGCUGGAUGUGGUGAGGAAGGAGUGUGAGCACUGUGACUGUCUCCAGGGCUUUCAGCUCACCCACUCCCUGGGUGGGGGCACGGGCUCAGGAAUGGGCACCCUGCUCAUCAGCAAGAUCCGUGAGGAGUACCCUGACCGCAUCAUGAACACGUUCAGCGUCAUGCCCUCACCCAAGGUGUCCGAUACGGUGGUCGAACCGUACAACGCCACGCUCUCUGUGCACCAGCUGGUGGAGAACACGGAUGAGACAUACUGCAUUGACAACGAGGCGCUCUACGACAUCUGCUUCCGUACCCUGAAACUGACCACGCCCACUUACGGAGACCUCAACCACCUGGUGUCGGCCACCAUGAGCGGUGUGACCACCUCACUGCGCUUCCCUGGCCAGCUCAACGCCGACCUUCGCAAACUGGCCGUCAACAUGGUGCCCUUUCCCCGCCUACAUUUCUUCAUGCCUGGCUUUGCACCACUAACCGCCCGGGGAAGCCAGCAGUAUCGCGUCCUGACAGUGCCCGAACUCACCCAGCAAAUGUUUGACGCCCGCAACAUGAUGGCGGCGUGCGACCCGCGCCAUGGCCGCUACCUCACCGUGGCCACUGUUUUCCGAGGGCCCAUGUCCAUGAAGGAGGUGGACGAGCAGAUGCUGGCCAUCCAGAACAAGAACAGCAGCUACUUCGUGGAGUGGAUCCCCAACAACGUCAAGGUGGCCGUAUGUGACAUUGCGCCCCGCGGCCUUAAGAUGGCCUCCACAUUCAUCGGCAACAGCACGGCCAUCCAGGAGCUGUUCAAGCGCUUCUCGGAGCAGUUCUCGGCCAUGUUCCGCCGCAAGGCCUUCUUGCACUGGUUCACCGGCGAGGGCAUGGACGAGAUGGAGUUCACAGAGGCCGAGAGCAACAUGAACGACCUGGUGUCUGAGUACCAGCAGUACCAGGAGGCCACGGCUAAUGACGGGGAAGAGACAUUUGACGACGAGGAAGAAGAACUCAAUGAGGAAUGGAACCUUGAAGCCCAAUAGCUUGAAGCCCCCAUCUUUGAAGACAAUGUUAUCUCACUGAGCUAAAGCUAAGGCGUUAGCACUGGAAACAGAAAUAUCCAGCAAUGAUGCUGACAGUGUUUUUACCUUAAUAGUGAUUGUUUAGGUAUUAUCAGAUACUGUAAGUGUUUAUCCCUGUAAGGAUUCACUGGCUCAGAAAUUAUAAAAUGAAUCGUUGAUAGCAGAACAACUAUGUGAGCAAAAGAAAGCCAAUUGAACUCUCUAUAGAAAGCUGUUCUUGCGUUAGAGCCAGAACCAGAUACAGUACGCUAGAUUGCAGUAUGUCACAACCAACAACCAACCAAGUAGUUUGCUUUAGUAAGUAAGAGUUUGCAAUUAUCUUCGAGCAUUUCUGGUCUGAAUAGUAUGUGAAUCAAACCUCAAUAAAUGUUUCCUUGAAAUUGUCAA